AUGGCCAACAUACUUCAUUCCCCGCCGCAUGCAUUCCUCGAUAAGUCGAGUCAUUUGGCAUCAGAAGCGCUCCUCCAAAUGGCGAGUCCAUACGACCUUGCACAGCGAAAUACUAUAGUGACUUUGCAACGACGGAAUCCUGGUCUCUUAAAUAGACAUCUUGUCGCAGCAAACCCGUAUGUUGCAAGGAAACCAAAAAUACCCAAAAGAGGGGUCAAUUCGUUUAUGGCAUUUCGUGCAUACUACUCUCGAAUGUUUGCGAAAUUCCAACAGAAAAAUUCCUCAACUUUGCUCAAACGGCUGUGGGAUAAUGACCCGUGGAAAGCAAAGUGGAGUAUUGUUGCGAGAUCGUUCACAAGUUUGAGAGAUGCUGUUGGGAAAGCGCAUGCACCACUCUCAACAUUUCUCGAUAUUGUCUGCCCAAAGAUCGGAAUAAUUAGCGUGGAAGAAUACCUGGACAUGAUGAAUUGGGUUGUCGAAAAGGAUAACGACUCUGUCGAGUUGAAGCAAUACUCGCCGCCAGACUUUUCAGUAUUCCCCGAUAGGAUUGUAAACACGCUCAUGACAGAGAGAGACGUAAUCUUCUACUGCGCCUUCAAAGGGUAUAUUUCUGCGCGUAUGAGUGUCAAAAUCGCCGGUCCAUUUCCACAGUCCGAGAGUCCGUCUGCGAAGCGCGCUACCUCGCAGCAAGGACUCCUUGCUUCUGCCCCUCCCCAGUGCAUGAUGACCCCAAACGAAGCUUUCAAUACGGAGACAAAUGUCAGCUCGGAGACCGCUGCAGCGUCGCAGAUCUUUGGCUCAGAUAUUGAUGCAACAAUGGAGAUGACCGAUACUAUAUGUACGCCCUUUGAAUGGUCCAACAACGACUAUGACUUGUAUACAGCAGGGGAAGGUGUAUUUGAUUUCGAAUCAUACUUCAGCAAAACCCAAGUCGAUCCCUGGGACUCAUUCAAUAUCGAUGAUCCACAGGCGAUGAACGGUUUUCUCACAGGAGGUGGAAUUCAGGAGGGUUACGUAUCACCAGAGGGUAACAAUACAUAA